GACUGGACUAGGCACCUCUGGAAGGUCAGAGAAGAGGUUUGAGAAAGAGAAGGCCUGGGAUAUCUGAGCCGGACAGUGUGGUAGAGGAGGGACUCACGAUAUCCAACAUCUGCCCCCUGUGUACUAUACAAGGCCAGACUGAACACCUGAGACCUCUGAGAUAGAGCCACGGGCCAUCGAGCAACGGGAGCACCAUUUAGAGAGAAAAGUAACGUGGACCCCUCACGCAUGCGCAACUGCUGUGCCCAAGUGUACAUGUCUGAUUGACUUAAUAGGUUUUCCCAUCCUUCGAGUUUCACCUGAGCUCUCUUUGCGCAUGCGUAUACUAUUGCCUCACGUGAGCGACCCAUUGGACUGCUGGCCUCUGUCACACAACCAUGUGCCUUCCUGUUCCAGUCAAUCAGAGAUAGACACAUAGGAAGAUGGGCAUAACUGGCUGUGGCUGUGGCCCAAUGAAAUGAAGCCAUGGGCCAUCCCUCAACAGGAAGUGGACAAAGGAGUCAUUGAUGUCAGUAGUGAGGACAUUACUUCCUCUGGAAAAGAAGGGCAACAGGCCAGGAAGGAAAUACAGGAUUUAUUUGAAGAAUCUGAAGAGCCCAUUAAGAACUUUCUUCAGGGAAACAGAGAAAGAUUCACAGCGAUCAUCAUGGCGUCUUUUGAAACCAUGGAGCAGAAAGUUGAGGAUGUCCUAAAAAUCCAGUGUGAACAAAGGCAGAAACUUUAUCAAGACUAUUCUCUUCAGAUUAUGAAUUUGAAUAGGAAGUUAUCCAUGGAUGCAGAUCAAGUCAAGAAACAGGCAGAAAAACUCUCUAAUAUGUUUAAGGAGCAACGAAAAUUUAUUCAUCAGUCUCUGAUUCUUCAGAAGAAGAGAAUGGAAGGCUUUAAAUCACUGUGUGAACAAUACUUGGAGAAACUUGAGGUACUGAGGGAUUCGCGGGGAAAUUCUGUGGCUGAAGAGCUGAGACAUCUAAUAGCCACCUUGGAAAUAAAACUUCUGAUGGUGAAUCGCCAGCAAGAGAGUGCUGCUGCUCAACAGUCUCUCCUGGAUCUCUUAUUCUCAUAAUACUUUGAAGAAACGAAAGUCGAUACAAGGGGAGCGAGCGAGCGAUUGUUUCAUGGAAAUUCGCUGGGUGAAGCUGAUUGACAUUUGCAGCUUCAGUGACUACAUCUUCUUGCGUCCCCCUGUUCCUAAAGAUAAACCCAAAUAAACCCAAGGAUUUGUGUGA